AAAAACUUCUUAUCGAGAAAAAUCAAGAAAAAAAUAUGAUCGACGAAUUAGUACAUUGUCAAAGUCAAAUAGGGUAUAUGAAAAAAUGUUUGGUUUGUCAAACUUCUAAUAUUGAUAACAGAAAACGAGUUUGUCCAACGUGUAAUAAUAAGCUACUAACAAUUUCUGAAAUAAACCAACAAUUUAUUGAGCCGUCUAAUACAAAUAUAGUUGAAAAGUCUCUAGAUAUUCGCUCUUAUACAUUAGAAGAGGCACAGUUAGCUCCAGAAAAUGAGAUUUAUACACCGCAACUAUUU